UCGGGUAACAAGUAAUUAUCCGAUUGAACAUCUAGUCUCGGAGAUUGGGUUUGGGCUUAGUUAAAGACUUGGGCCAGAAGGAAAAAUUGAGCCCAAAACAAUAUUUCUUAAAAAAUGGAAAUUAAAUAAAAUUGAGUUAUUGAUUCCCAGUCGAGAAAGAAAGAAGAAAAACAGUUUCCGACCAAAUUUUUGUUCCGGCGAUCAUGAAGAUCAUGGUAGCCGUCAAACGGGUCGUGGACUACGCCGUCAAAAUCCGGAGCGGUGUGGAGACCUCGAACGUGAAGAUGUCGAUGAAUCCAUUCUGCGAGAUAGCUUUAGAGGAGGCGCUCCGGAUCAAGGAGUCCGGCCGGGCCUCGGAAGUCGUGAGCGUGGGCCCGGCCCAGUGCGCUGACACUCUCCGCACCGGGCUUGCGAAGGGCGCCGACCGGGCCAUCCACGUGGAAUUCCCGGGAACGCUUUACCCCCUUUCUGUUGCUAAGAUCUUCAAGGCGCUCGUCGAUGCUGAAAAGCCCGGCCUUCUCCUUCUCGGAAAACAGGUUGUACUCGAUGAAGGAAAUAAAGUAGCAACCGUGGACAGAGAGGUUGAUGGUGGUCUCGAGACCUUGAGCUUGGAUUUACCUGUAAUCACCACUGACCUGAGGCUGAACCAACCAAGAUAUGCCACUCUUCCAAACAUUAUGAAGGCAAAGUCGAAGGUGAUAAAGAAGCUCACUCUGCAGGAUCUGAACGUCGAGAUCAGAUCCGACUUGGAGGUUGUUCAAGUGAUAGAGCCUCCCAAAAGACAAGCUGGGGUAGUGCUUUCUUCUGUAUAGAUGAACUCAUUGAUAGGUUAAAAAACGAAGCGCGCGUUAUAUGACUCUGUGAAAAUUAUCUGCAAACACUGGAACUUCAAACAUUUGUAGUGGUAAACUGGUAAUGAAUGUUAUGAUAUGUUCUUUAUUCAGCCCUAUGAUCUACCUAGUUGGUAGUUAG